AUGAAUGUCGCUGAGUCAGUAUAUCAGAUCCAGCGCAUCACUAUGAAUGUUAAAUAUUCUAUUCCGUUUGGUAGAAAAUCAUUGACAAAUAAUUUUACCCUGGCAUUGAAUAAAACAUAUAUUCAACAAGAUAGCUCUUUGCAGAACGUUCUCGAUUUGUUGCAAGAUACUCUGGCCAAGUAUAAAGAUAUAUCCUUUCUAGAAGUUCAAAAUAAUGUUAUAACCGAGCGGAAACGGAUAGAGUUGAUAUACACAACGACAGAUGCCUUUCAGACCUUUGCUCUGAAGUAUGGCUGGUACCACCUCAACGAAUCAACGCCAGUGUUAAGGAGGAAAUAUGAGAGAAUCCGUGUUCGUAUUCGGAAACGUCUAAGACGAGAUUUUGACGACUUUCACCUCGGUGAAUCAUCAAGUGAAACUGUUAACAUCCCAUCUGAAAACUUUAAAAGAAACGGUUCAGUGAUUGUCGUCAUCAUAUACAAAGACCUACAUGAACUGUUAAGAAGGAGAGAAUUAAAUAACGCUGACUUAAAGAAAAGGAGGCGUCUUAACAGCUUGGUAAUGGCUGUCGCAAUGGAUCCGAAGCCAAGACGUUUGAUACGAAAUGUCGUCAUGAGGUUUAGAAAUCAAAAGCUUCUUGACGCCACCAGAAAUUGUGUGUAUUGGAAAGUGUUUGAUUCCAAAAGUAUUGACGGGUGGUCAGAUGAGGGAUGUCAGGUAUCUAAAAGAAAACCAGACUACACAGAGUGCAGCUGCAACCAUCUGACUCACUUUGCAGUUCUUUUCGACUUUGGCAGCGCUUCAGCAGAGACGACAGAGAAAGAUGAGAAGAUCUUGAAGAUUCUCACCUACGUGGGACUGAUCUUGUCGCUCAUUGGAAUAAUUCUUACUUUAGCUUCCUAUGCUCUCCUCACCGAUGUGCAUCAGCCGCUGUCUCAAGUGAGGUUAAGUCUCGUUGCCUCACUGGGACUUGGCCAGAUAAUGUUUCUUGCUGGGAUAAAUGCCACACAGGAUAAAGGUGUUUGUGUCGCAGUGGCAGCCCUGAUGCAGUACUUUCUCAUGUCAGCCUUUUGCUGGAUGCUUGUUGAAGGAAUUUAUCUUUACCUAUUUGUCGUCAAAGUUUAUAAUAUAAAUGAGAAGAUGGCCAUGUACCAUGCUUGUUCUUGGGCUUUUCCAGCUGUUAUGGUCAGUAUUUCGCUGAUAAUUUCUUCAGCGAGGGACGGAAUCAGUAGUUUUGUCAGCGAAGAAUACUGCUGGCUCUCCAACGCAAACCAUUCUAUCUGGAUAUUUGCUGUUUUUGUUGUGACGGUGGAAGUUCUUAACUUGCUAAUUCUGGCCAGAGUUGUAAAAGAAAUGUCCGGAACACAGUCAGCUCCAGAAAAUCAUCAGAUACGACUUUGCAUCAAGACAUGUGUAGUAAUGAUUCCCUUACUGGGUGUCACGUGGUUAUUUGGUAUCUUUUCGACGUUUCACAAAGCUUUUGCCUACAUCUUUACCAUCUUCAACUCAACUCAGGGAUUUCUCAUUUUUCUAUUGCAUUGUGUGCGAAACAGUCAGAUUAAAGAGCGUUUGAAUAGAAAGUUUAACGCUAUAUUCCCAGCUACAAAUUGAGCAAUCUCAAGUUUAUAAAAGUGAAGAACUAAAGGAAUGCCAGCAUCGCACCAUAUCUCAUCUAUAUACGGCAUCAAUAAUCAUAGGUGGAAGAGAUUGGUCGCAGAGAUUAAUGAAGUUAAUGGAGUGAUCUGCCAGUCCUUUAGCUGUCGAGGCGAUGUUCUACACGAAGACAAUUUUUAAAACGUAUUCGUAGUUCUAGAACCUUUUAAUAUGAGUUGUACUUAACAAAAAAGUAUGGAGUGAACAGGGACCAAGAACACUAUUGCAUUCAAGUUAAAAGGGAUGGAAUGAUGAAUUUCAGUCAUACAUAUAGGAUGUCGCCUUUAAGAAACUUUCUCGGCUUUAAAAUGUUUUUUUUAAAUAUCGGGCUCCGCUAUAACGCUUCAUUCACAAAAUGGUUGCUUAAAUGCUAGACUAGGAAAAUCAGGCUUAACAUAAUUUCAAACAAUCACCACAUGGUUUCAUUGAAGUACUAAAAGCAGUAAAGUCCUCAACCAAAAUGGGAGCUGGUUAUCAUGUAAAUUGUACUUAUAGGAUAGUUAUG